CACAGACCCACCUCGCAAAAUGAAAUCAUUCAUUGUGUUUACCCUCUGCGCCGCGGUGGCUCUCGCCGCUCCGCAACGCCAAGCCUACAGCGGCGAUGAGAAGCAGGCUGAGACCCUCAGAUACGACAACAAUGUCGAUGUCUACGCCUACAGUACGAGCCUUGAAACCUCAAACGGCAUUAAGUCAGCAGAGAGCGGUACCCUCAACAACCAGGGCAAGGACAACGAGGCCUUCGUGAGGAGCGGGCAGUACGCCUACGUCGGCCCCGAUGGCGUCACCUACUCCGUCACGUGGACCGCCGACGAAAACGGCUACCACGCGCAGGGCGCCCAUCUUCCUCAGUAAC